CAAGGAGGAGGAGGGAAAUGAAAAUCGACCAGUUUUUUUAUUUAUCUACAAAAGAGAGACUCCCUGACUGCCUACGGCUCUCUAAAAAAAAUAAAACCAAAAAACAAUGGCGCGUCUUCUUCUAAAACCUCAUAACAGCAGCAGACACUAUCUCUCUUUACUUCGAGCUUCCAUGGCUUCUUCUUCUUUUUCUUGCUCUCACUCUUUCUCUUUUCUCUCCCGCCCCUCAGUCUCCUUCAACUCAAGGGUGAGUUUUCCAGCGAAGAGGGUUCCAAGUAGAUUUUUGGUGCAAAAUGGGGUUUCACCAAGAGCUUUCAUGUCUACUAGCGUGGCAACUGAAUCGCAACAAGAAAGCGCGGGCUCGAAAGCUUAUGGGUCUGAUCAAAUCCAGGUGUUGAAAGGAUUAGAGCCUGUGAGGAAAAGGCCAGGGAUGUACAUUGGAAGUACAGGACCACGUGGUUUGCAUCAUCUGGUUUAUGAGAUAUUGGAUAAUGCUGUUGACGAGGCCCAAGCAGGAUAUGCUUCAACAAUAAAUGUUGUUCUACAUUCGGAUAAUUCUGUUAGCAUUACUGACAAUGGGCGUGGGAUUCCUACUGGCUUGCAUCCAGUGACAAAGAAAUCUGCCUUGGAGACUGUGUUAACGGUCCUGCAUGCUGGUGGAAAAUUUGGUGGUUCUAAUAGUGGAUAUAGUGUCUCUGGUGGACUACAUGGUGUGGGUUUAUCUGUUGUCAAUGCCUUGUCUGAGGAAUUAGAAGUUACAGUUUGGCGUGAUGGAAAGCAAUACCAACAGAAAUAUUCUCGUGGAAACCCUGCAACAACUCUAACAUGCCAUGAACUUCCAGUAGAAUCAAAGGAACGUCGAGGGACUCACAUCAGAUUUUGGCCUGACAAAGAAGUAUUCACCACUGAGAUUCAGUUUGACUACCACACGAUAGCCGGACGGGUUAGGGAGCUUGCAUUUUUAAACCCAAAGCUGACUAUUUCUUUGCAAAAAGAGGAUAAUGAUCCGGAGAAGAAUCAGUUCGAUGAACAUUUCUAUGCAGGUGGAUUGGUUGAAUAUGUGAAUUGGCUAAAUACUGAUAAGAAACCUCUACAUGAUGUUCUGGGUUUCAGAAAAGAAGUAGAUGGAAUUGCAAUUGAUAUGGCUCUCCAAUGGUGUUCUGAUGCUUACUCAGAUACAAUCCUGGGAUAUGCUAAUAGCAUACGCACUGUUGAUGGUGGCACACAUAUAGAUGGUGUAAAGGCUUCAUUAACAAGAACUCUCAAUAACCUUGGGAAAAAGUCAAAGGUCAUUAAGGAUAAGGAUAUGAGUUUAAGCGGUGAACAUGUAAGGGAGGGAUUGACAUGUAUUAUCUCUGUCAAAGUUCCAAGCCCGGAGUUUGAAGGUCAAACUAAGACAAGGUUGGGAAAUCCGGAGGUGCGGAAAGUGGUAGAGCAAUCCAUUCAGGAGUACCUUACUGAAUAUUUGGAGUUGCAUCCUGAUGCUCUCGAGUCAAUCCUGUCAAAGUCUCUAAAUGCUCUUAAGGCAGCUUUGGCAGCAAAGAGGGCUAGGGAAUUGGUGAGACAAAAAAGUGUAUUGAAAUCAUCAUCUCUUCCAGGAAAACUGGCUGAUUGCUCUUCUACAGAUCCUGAAGAAUCUGAAAUUUUUAUAGUUGAAGGAGAUUCAGCUGGAGGGAGUGCCAAACAGGGUCGUGAUCGACGCUUUCAGGCUAUUCUCCCUUUGAGGGGUAAAAUUCUAAAUAUAGAAAGAAGAGACGAGGCAGCAAUGUACAAGAAUGAAGAGAUCCAGAAUCUUAUACUUGGUCUUGGACUUGGAGUGAAGGGGGAGGAUUUUAAAAAGGAUGCUCUACGUUAUCAUAAGAUCAUCAUCUUAACAGAUGCUGAUGUGGACGGUGCUCACAUCCGAACUCUUCUGUUGACUUUCUUCUUUAGAUAUCAGAGAGCUUUAUUUGAUGAAGGCUGCAUUUAUGUUGGUGUGCCGCCCCUCUAUAAGGUUGAGAGGGGAAAGCAGGCCUACUAUUGUUUUGAUGACGCAGAACUCAAAAAGAUUCAAAGGUCAUUCCCUCAAAAUGCAUCAUAUAACAUUCAAAGGUUCAAAGGCUUGGGGGAGAUGAUGCCUGCACAACUGUGGGAAACAACAUUGGAUCCAGAGCGAAGGGUGCUCAAACAAUUAGUAGUAGAAGAUGCAGCAGAGGCCAGUAUUGUCUUUUCAUCGCUAAUGGGUACCCGGGUGGAUUUUCGCAAGGAACUUAUUCAGAAUGCGGCAAGCAUGAUUAACGUUGAUCAUUUGGAUAUCUGACUGCACGAAAGUUUUUAUGCUGUUCACAGAAACACAGAUAAACAGCUUUUUGGUAGUCACUGCUGGUUAGGCUAUGCGAUUGACAGAGAGACAUCUGAUAUUCCUGAUCUCGGUGUUAAUCCAUUGAUUUACUUUUGGGUGAAGGAAAGGUGGAAAAAUUCGGUAGGUGGUUCAUGCAUUGUAUUUAAGUUGAUGAACGUUGUACUCUAUAAAUCUAGGAUUUAUACUAGAUUUGUGGCGCGCGGGUCAACUAAAUUCUUUCUUGAUUUAAAAAAAAAUGCAAAGGAAAAAAGAGUUAAAGACUGA